CUUCAGACGUGUAUACCAUACCAUACCAUACAGAGACAAACAGAUUCUGAUCUUCUCCAAUUCAUCCAACAAAAUCCCCAUUCCUUCUUUCCUUAUUUUGAUUUCAUUUGAUUUGGUAUACAUCAAUUCAGGAUUGCUUGCAAUGAUCUUGCUUGAAAUGGGUUUAUUAUCUCUGCUACGAUUUCAUCGUGAUCAACAUAAUGUAUGUAUGAUAUAUCUCCGCUAACAACUUCCCUUCCGUUUUUAUCAAAUACCCAUUCAUUCAUAUCUAGGUCGGUAUGGGAAACAACUGUGUUUCGAGGCUAUCGAAAGAUGGCUUUUUUCAGUUAUGGUGGUCUCGAACUCCGAAUUUGCUUCCAUAUAGGAAGAAGGGUAAACUCACCAUUAGCAAACCAAUCAUCACGAAAGAGCCUGAACGACCCCAAGAAGUCCAGUCUAAACCCCCGGAAUUGAUUGUAAUAGCUAAGGAUGACAUGAAACUUCCAGUUCCAGAACCUGUUAAACCUCCUCCUCCUCCUGCUGCUGCUGCUGCUGCUGCUGCAGCACGGGUGAAAUCCUCCGUCAAGGAAGAACCUAAACGAGAACAACCUGCUGCUGCGAAUCAGCCACAGGUGAAGAUCGUCGUCGUCGUCAAGGAAGAAGAAGCUAAACCACCGGUAGAACAACCCACAAAGAAAGAACCGGAGAAGAUACCGGAUGUGACUAUUCCAUUUCCUCCACAAGAAGUUAAGCCAGCUGAAAAACCCAAGCCCAGAAAGCCACAUCACGUGAAGAGAAUAGAUUCUGCUGGCCUUCGUGCAGGUUCGGUUCUGAAAACUAAAACAGGACUUCUGAAAGAUUUCUAUAACCUUGGGGAAAAGCUGGGUAAUGGUCAAUUUGGCACAACCUUCCAAUGUGAAGAGAAAUCAACUGGGAAACAAUAUGCCUGCAAAUCAAUUGCUAAAAGGAAAUUGCUGACAAGGGAUGAUGUGGACGAUGUUAGAAGGGAAAUUGAGAUCAUGCAUCACUUAUCUGGCCAUCAAAAUGUGAUCUCAAUAAAAGGGGCUUAUGAAGACUCUAUUGCAGUUCAUGUCGUGAUGGAGUUGUGUUCUGGGGGUGAGCUUUUCGAUAGGAUUGUCAAAAGGGGGCAUUAUUCCGAAAAAAAAGCAUCCGAACUUUCUAGAACUAUAGUUAGUGUGAUAGAAGCUUGUCAUUCUAUGGGAGUCAUGCAUCGUGAUCUCAAGCCCGAGAAUUUCCUUUUUGUGGAUGAAGGGGAAGACUCAGCUCUUAAGACCAUAGACUUCGGAUUGUCUAUAUUCUUCAAACCAGGCCAAAUAUUUUCUGAUGUGGUUGGGAGCCCAUAUUAUGUUGCACCUGAAGUUUUACUUAAGCAUUAUGGUCCACAAUCUGAUGUAUGGAGUGCUGGUGUGAUCAUCUACAUUCUCUUAUGUGGAGCACCUCCAUUUUGGGGAGAGACUGAGGAUGAAAUAUUUAAAGAGGUUUUGGAUGGAGAACUUGACUUCACAUCAGAUCCAUGGCCAAACAUCUCUGAAAGUGCAAAAGAUUUACUCAGAAGAAUGCUUAUUAGAGAUCCCAGGAGGAGAUUAACUGCUCAUGAAGUAUUAUGCCAUCCAUGGGUGAGGGAUGAUGGUGCAGCACCGGACAAGCCUCUUGAUUCGGCUGUCUUAAGUCGUUUGAAGCAGUUCUCUGCAAUGAACCGAUUUAAGAAAAUGGCUCUACGAGUUAUUGCAGGUUGUCUUUCUGAAGAAGAGAUAGCCGGUUUGAAAGAAAUGUUCAAAGCACUUGACACAGAUAAUAGUGGUCAAAUUACUUUCGAAGAACUCAAAACAGGACUUAAGAGACAUGGUGCGAGUCUUAGUGAGCCCGAGAUACGAGAUCUAAUGGAGGCUGCAGAUAUUGAUAGAAGUGGUACUAUUGAUUAUGGGGAGUUCAUAGCUGCAAUGUUACAUCUAAAUAAGAUCGAGAGGGAAGAUCAUUUGUUUGCUGCUUUUUCGUAUUUCGAUAAAGAUGGUAGUGGUUAUAUAACGGUGGAUGAGCUUCAACAAGCUUGCAAGGAGUUUGGAAUUGACGAUACUCACUUGGAAGAAAUUAUACGAGAGAUUGAUCAAAACAACGAUGGGAGAAUAGAUUAUGAUGAAUUUGUGGCCAUGAUGCAGAAGGGAAAUGCCCAAAUAGGGAGGAAGCUUUUACAAAAUAGUAAUGGUUUAACCCCUGGAUUUAGAGAAGCUUUACAAGUUUUCUAGCUUCAAGGUUAAAUUUAAGUUAAGGGUGGUCAAAUCAUUCCUUAUGCCAUGGGUUCUACAACUUGAUCAUGUGAUUUAGAGCAACCAACUAUUAAUGGCCCUACUUUUUAGAUGAGAUGGAAAUUGAUGAUCAAGAGGUGGUGGUUGGUCCACAUGAUGAUGGAUUGAUUGAUCGCAUUUUCUUUUUUACUUUUAUUAACUUUUUUUUUACUCUUUUGGGUGUUGUAUAUGAUCUCCACGGUGAACUUAUUAAGAAAUGUGUAUUAAUUCUUUACUUAUAAUAGUUACAUUUAUGUAUUUUAAUAUAUGUGAAGAGUUUAUUACAUGUUACUAUAUUUGAAUUA